GAGCAGCCAGGAACCAAUAGGCAGCCUCCUUUCUCCCACUACAAAGUCCUACCAAUCUUAGCAGAUUUUUUUAUUUAUCUGCCUCUGAUUAUCAAUAUAUAUUUCUAAAAAGGCAUGAGGGAAUAAUUUAGCUACAUUUAUCAUGUGUUUAGAUGGGCAAGUUAAAGCUCCAAGGUACGUUAGACAUGAGAGACUAUAAUCAAAGAAUAAAACGUCCGCGUGCCUGGCUGGUCAUUGAGAGAGCUGAUUACUGUUUAUAUCCUUUUCUAGUUGACUUAGUCUUCCUUCCCCAACUUGCCUCUCUACUUGCUACUCCACAAUGAUACUGCUUUUUAUUCUUUUUCCCUGUGCUCGGUACCAAGUAAAAAAUUUUAGCUGGGCAAAGUUUGUCUUAAGCCUUUCCCAUUUUUAUUUUCAAAACUGCUCUUUUCUGUAUCUAACUAUCUGUAGGAGAUCAAUGCCCUUAAAGUCUUUCCCUAUUUUUCAAUGUUUCAAUUCUCUUCAGCAACCAACAUAGCAUCCAUAACAACACUGUUCUAUGGUUUCACAUGAGCUCUCUGAACAGCCUCAGUCCCAUUGCUCUGUUUGAUGUUUUGAGUACAGAGCCAUGACUCAAAGAAAUUACUCACACUGUUCAUGAGAAGUGGAGCAAAUAGUCUGGGCUCUACAACUACUUUUUUUUUCUUUUGUUUUUUGUUUUGUUGUUUGUUUUUUGAGACAGGGUUUCUCUGUGUAACAGCCCUGGUUGUCCUGGAACUUGGUUUGUAGACCAGGACUGCCUCUGCCUCUUGAAUGCCUGGAUUAAAGGCAAUUGCCACCAUGUUUGUCUUGGAUCUGGGUUCUACUUUUCAGCCUGAGCACUUAAUCCAAACGAUUCAUGAGAGCCACUGUGAUAUGAGGAGGGCUUCGAAUCUGAACCAAAUAACUGUCUACUGUGUAAUCUGGGACAAAUAAUGCAAUUUCUUGAGUUUUGAUUUGAUCAUAUUUUAUUUACGUAUGACUGCCCUCCCAAAUUAUACGAAUUAUUCAAACCCAUCAUUCUGACACCAACGUGUGAAAUUUGUCAGUCUCGCGUGAGCACAGCUCUCCUUCCGAUUAGAAGAGUUUUAAAUAGCUAAAUACAAGGGAAUUUGCCUCGUUCAAGUUAGCUUCAGAAAGCACAGUACCUUCAGCAAAAACGAAAAUCUAGAUUCUGAAAUAAUAGGAGAGAAAGCUCUGCAGUCGAGGAAGGUCUUGUCGGUUCUGCUGAACCGCAGUAUUAGGUACAUGAUCCUUUUGCAAACUUUAUAAGCGGCAGCACCUGAGAAAACCAGUACACUAAGUAUUCACCUCAGUAGGUCUGAAAAUUUAGUGGCAACUGGCUAAACUUCUCUUGUUAUUUAUUUAUUUGUAUUCUAUAUAUGUGAAUGUUUUGCUUGUAUGCGUGUAAGUGCACCAUGUGCAUCAGCCCUGAAUCUGGAGCUAUGGAUGAGUGUGAGCCUUGUCUUACUGUAUCUGGUUUAUCCUAUUUGGCUGUCAUCUCUUGGAGGCCUGCUCUUUUCUGGAGAGGAAACAAUUGGGGAGUGAAUCUGGGGGAGAGGGAGAAUGAAGGACUUCAAGUCUCAAACUUUGGGUCACACGGCUGAGGUGUGCCUAUUUAACAUAGGAAAGCAGAUUUGGUUGUCAGGUUCUCCCAGCAUUCCUUAGUCCCUACUUGUCACAGGGUAUGGUGGUCAUACCCUAGUCUCUACCCCAAACUUUAGUCCAGGGGCUGGGCUGCCCUUCCACAUUGGCUCUUCCCUGUACAGUCCAGCUAUUUUGGUUACUUACCCUUUUUGUAUCUUUGCCCUCUUGGUUGCUGCACUUGGUUCCCUCUCUCCCCUCCCCCUUCUCCUCCUCCUCUUCCACGUGGCCCAGCACAGUCAGGGUCAUGUUCACUGUAAACUCUUCCAGAUGUCCCUGUCUCUGCCUGUGUUCUCGCUUUCAGCCACAAUAAACUUUCUCCACCACCACACCUAGGAGCGGUCGGCCAUGUUCUUUCCUUUCCUUUCCUUUUCCUUUUUUUUCAUUCAGGGGAAGCUGGGAGGCGUGGAGAGAGGGGAAACUGUGGUCAGGAGGUAUGAUAUGAGAGAAGAAUCUCUUUUCAACAAGGGAAAGAAAAAGAAUUCCACUGACGUCAAGUGGGCUAGAAAGAGAUCACAAUGGCAGAUUGUUCCGAGUAGCACAGAGACCCAAAGAAAUAUCAAUUAUAUUGUGUUGUGAUGCAGCAGAUUUUAUUGUGCGAGGAUGGGAAGGAAAAGCCACAUUCGUUUUCUUGGUGUGAGUGGGUAUUGUUCUGGACCCCAUGGCAGGAUUAGACACACUGCCAGAGAGCAAGUACACAAAGUUGUUAUGGAAACUAGAAUGCAGCGCACAUUUGCAGAGAAUUUCCAAAGCCGUCUUAUUCAGCAAAAUCAACUCCAUCUGCUUAGCCACACGCCAGUGUGCCCUAAUGCAGACUGUAUUCUUUGGGUUCUUUGACCGGCUGUCCUUGACUAAAUGUAAAUUCAAGACUCAGGGGAUGGCAACUCCAUCACCAAAGUGCAACUUGUGUGUAGGAUCUUUGCGUUGCGUGUCAGAAGCUUGCUCACACUUGCCUCAGCCAUUGUCAGCGUUCUGGUUUCUGUAAUCUGAGAACAAGGUGGAAGUUGUGACCGUCUUCUGAGAGAAACAUUUCCUCCAGAGAGCCACUCACUGUCUGGGUUGUCCCUCACCGGGAUACGGCGAGUGUGUCUCUUUGCGUUCUUUCUGUCGUCAUGGAGAACAGACAGUGACAGUGGCCUCCGGCCAUCAAUUUUUGUCUUUGAGAACUGGGAAUUUUUCCAGCUAUCUCUGAAAACAGGAUUUUUGUUUUGUUACAUUUGCCCCACUUUUGAGAAGGAAAUUGCAUGAUGAGGAUUUUUGUGGCUUUUGAAGGAGCUUUUGAGGCGUUUGAUGUUUCAGCACACGAAUCUGUGGAAGCCAUCAAGCAGAUGGUAAAGGAUUAUUUCCACAUUCCUCUUUCUGAAGACCAACAAGGCAGGUGGUAUUUAGAGCUGAUGUACGCCGGAGCUGCCCUAAGGAACAGCUGGAGGCUGUCGGAUGUCGGGAUCUCUUUCUGCGCGACUCUCAGAUGCUUCAUUAAGAAAGAAGACAAGCCUACCCUGUAUGUGUUUAAUGCUGUGACCCAGAAGAUGAUGCCGAUGAGGGAGAACGUGUCUAUUCUGGAUAAAAAGGUGUCCGACCUGAGAAGACUGAUAACUCUGAAGUGUGGCUUCCCCGUGAGCGUCUACUGUCUGCGGACACCAGAGGGACUGGAGAUGUUUGACUGCAACAGCCUCAAGGUCUACCGGACUGAUAUCGGCACAACACUUCGUUUGGAUGUCUGGGAUGGAUGGAAGGAAUUUCUCAUGGGAUGUCUUCUCGGGCAAAAGCCUAAAGUCCAACGAUACUUAUCAAAAGAAGGACCAGUACUCAAGUACCAGAAAAGGGUAGCCCUGUACAUCGCCGCCUUUCACGGACACACUGAACUCACUGAAUGGGCUCUGAAGCAGGGCGUGCAGCCCCACGAGGCGGUUGGUGUUCACCCUUAUCGAGCCUGGUGCCACGAAGCCCUUCACGCGGACGUCUCUGAUUGCCCUAUUCAUGCAGCUGCAGAGGCCGGCCAACUGUUAAUUCUGAAGGCCUUUGUCAACUGCGACGUCCUGUGCCUGGAAUGUAAAAAUGCAGCCGGGCGAACGCCCCUGGCCAUUGCAGCGAAACGUCAGCAUGAAGCCUGUGUAUUAUAUUUACUGAAUAAAAUGUGGUCCACAGUUUCUUUUCUCAAACUUUCAGUUCCGAUGAGGAUUUAUAUUAAAAUAAAGCAGUGGAUUCUCAGAGCUCAGAGUCAUAGAGGCCAGAAAAGCCAGCUUAACAGAGCAAGAAUCUCUGGGGCAAAAGUUGGAGACACCGUGGUGGUGGACGGUUUUACUAAGCCAAAAAUGACAUCCAAGAGCUGGCACAAGGCUGGAGACAAGAGCUGGCAAAGCACUCGGAGUAAACUACCACCUUGCAAGCAACAAUCAAGCAGGAAACCCGUCGUUUCGCAAAGGGACACCAGUAAACAAAUCACACUCCCAUCCUUCGUAAAAACAAAUACGUCCUCAGAACCACAACGUCCUCAACAAGAAAGCCAGCAAAAUAAAACUGCCCAAGCUGGGAGAAAAGAAAAGUACGUAAGAAAUGCCUAUCUCCCCCAGGUUCCGCUCCCUCCAGUCUCCAGAGUGGAUUAUCCCCACCGAAUACUCCACUGCACUCCGCCCGGUGCCAACCGCUUGCUAAGAUCCUUCUUCGCGUCUUUCUCAGAGCACAGUGGGAGGACUCCGAGAGAGAACGCCAUCUACUGUUUAGCUGUAGCAAGCGCCUUUAAGGAGAAGCGAUGGCUCCAGCAAUUAGAAAUAGCAAGAGUCCUGGCCAAAAAGAGCAUUUCUAACCUGACUGUUCAAGAAGGUCCAGCAAAGUGUGAAAACCUUCCAGAAAUUUUGCUUUGAAAUGCCACAUCAGCCCUAGUUUGGAGCAUGAUAUGGUCAAAUAGAGUCUCCAUUUCUAACGUCAACAUAUCUAACUACGUUUCUAGUGCUACAUGGCUUCAACCGGGUGUUGAACAUUUAACAAAAACUUUCUUAGACACUGUAUUAUUCAAAGUUCUCUAGAGGAGCCAAACCCACAAAAUGAUUAUAUAUUGAAAGGGUGUAUGAGAUUGGCUCACAAGAUGCUUGGAUGGUCCAACAGCAGCUCGAUCCAGGAGGAUGGACAGUUCCACCAUUCUAACCUGGUGCCAAGGCAGGAAGGAUUCCUGGUCUUCAUAUCAGCAGCCAGAAGAAAAUGGAUUUUUCUUUCAGGGAAGAAAUGCAGCAGCAGCAACAACAACAAGGGAAACUGAGGCACAAGAGCAGGCCGGCAAGAAGCAAAGUUUUCCCCUGGGACCCCUUACUUGUGACUGUUGUGGUGUUCUGAAUAAGAAUGCCUCCCUCCACAGGCUCAUAUAUUUGAAUUCUUAGGGUUUUUUUUUUUUUUGAAGUGUUUCACUGGAGAUGUGUUUUGAU